GCGCAGAUGGCGGUAGUGACAGUAGGACGUAGAGUUAUUUGUGGGCGCUUUCUGAGUCAAGUAGCAGUGCGGGCAGGUUCUCUUUUGUGGUCUGCAUCUCGAACUCAAAGUUCACAAAGCACCUCAUCACAGCAAAAUUCUAAAGAAUAGCACGAAACGCACCCUAACUCUUCAUCAUGAGAGUUUGAAUUUGCUCCCAGCUUCAUAGCACCUGGCACUAAGAGACAACACCUCAAAGUUGCAAUUCUCAAAGGUAUCAUCGGUUGCAUCAAAUGAUCAUCCUUGAGUAGUAGAAUCAGAUGGCACCUAAGCGGCAAGCGAAGCUUAGAGUCAAGGGGAAAAGCCAGCAUUCUGUGCAGCCUGUAUUGCCCCUCCUCUCCCCAUGUAGCGAGAGCUCAGCCAGCUCCACGCUUGGUGGAACCAAAUGCAGAAAGAAAAAGGGCAGCAGCCUCCUCCCAACAAGUCCAAGUAGUGGCCUAGGCAAGAUAUCUAGAAGGGAAGCUCUUCAAACCAGUAUCCCCUCCUCCUUGCCGUCCACAUCUUCUGUGGUCUUACCUUUACAAACUGCUGCUGGUGACUCUUGUUCGGAAGUGGGUCCUAGUCUUCUGGAAGCAACGGCCUCCUUGAGUGAUGAUGAAGGAAUGGAGCAGGAAGAGGUUCAAAAAGAGAUUUUUGGAGAAACCAUCCAUCCUCUGCAAACUUGUAACCAAAGUAGAAUGACAGCUGCAGAAGUAACUUCAGAAGUGGAACCAAUUGAACUUGAUGAAAGUGCUUGUGAAGUAGUAGAUCUUACCUGUGAGCCUUCAGAAUCUUUAAUAGUUGAUCUUACACAUAAUGAUUCUGUUGUGUGUAUUGAAGAGGACAGACAGUGGCAAAAUCAAGAGUUAAGGAGCCAGCUGUUGUCUGACAGUUGUAUAUUAAGUAGUGAUGACGAGAGCGAACCCAGAGAGAGCAAUCUGCAUGUCACCAGUAAGUUGCCCAGAGAAUUGCUCAGGGAUGGCAUUGCAAGUUCAGUACGCUCAGGUACUGUGAACUGUCCAAUUUGCAUGGAAGGCUACUCAGAGAUAGUGCAUAGUGGACGGCUUAUAGUGUCAACAACAUGCGGCCACAUUUUCUGUAGUCAGUGCCUCCGUGAUGCUCUUAGAAAUGCUAAUUGUUGCCCAGCAUGUAGGAGAAAACUCAAUCACAAACAGUAUCACCCAAUUUAUAUAUGAAGACAAAAAUCUAAUUUGGGCUUUCAUGAUAACUUCAUAAAUGUUAGAGAACUUUUAAGGAGUAUGUAAAUGACUAAACCGGACAAUUGAUUGUACACUGAUUUUUUUUCAUUUGGCUUUUUUGGUGGUCCAUUUGUACUGUCCAAGUUUCCAUCUUGCUCUGUUGCCUUUAUGCCAGAAGUACAAGGUCUGCAGGUGUCUGAAGGGCAGUUUUUCCUGUGGUAAAUAUGCCUGGUGUUGCCAUCCUCCCUUGGACAUAUUUUUGUUAAAGGCCUCUGACUGAAGAAAUAAUGGUACAGAAAGAAUUUUUUUGUUCGCAACUCUGAGGUUAUGGUGAUCAUGAUGGUGCAAGCAGAGAUGACAGGCUACUUAUUGGAGAACUUGCUGCUUUGUUGUGCACUUCACCCUGUAAGAAGUAAAACCAACUACUUACUGAAAAAAGAAUUGCUUUCAUCUGCUGGUUAUCUAGUGGCAAAUUUCCCUUUGUAUUAAUACAAAAAAUACACAGAUUAAAAAAAUGUUUGAAUAUCCACGUAAACUAGGAAUUACAGGAACACUGUAGCUCAUGCCUAAUAUAAAAUGCAUAAAUAUCUUUAUUGGAAAUGA